CUUCCAUUCGCAGAAUAAAACUUCUUCCUCAAGCUUGAAUUUCUUCAUUGCACACUUCAUUCCUCGGAAACUUACCUCAUUGCGUCGAUUUCGUUACUUCCUUCAAGAUGAGCGACCGUGUAAAGCAGGUCGCAGCGGAAGAGGCUGAAAGAGUCAAAGCAAUAACAAUCGAUGCCGUUCAGUCUCAGGCCUAUAUCUAUCCUUUCAAGGGUCUUUUCUACUUCAUCACGCACAAAGAACUUUGGCGACCCUUGAUCUCCAAGUUGGCACCUACCAUUACCCUCAGCGUUGGAGUGACGACACUCAUGUUCCUUGUCGCAUACGUGCCACAAGCCGCGGUUAUGGCCUUCACGUCAGGACCGAUUGCGGCCAUCUCGGCAGCGCUGCUCACUCUCAGCGAGAGUUCCACCCUGAUCAAUCUGUUGUCGAGAACUUUCCUCAUCGAAGAUGCGCUUGUAGAUGUCUUCGACGGCACACUCCUUUCUCGCAACUGUACCAACCUUGUGGAAGGAGGUAGACAAAUAUCGUCAAAAGGUGACAACAUUGCUCGUCUGGGAAAGUUGGUCAAGAAACCUUUCGCAAAAUUCUCUCCCAAUGCCAUCGUCAGAUACUUGUUGUACCUGCCUCUCAACUUCAUACCCAUUGUUGGUACAGUCAUCUUCAUCCUUCUGCAGGGCAAACGUUCAGGUCCGGCAGCACAUACCAGGUAUUUUCAACUCAAGGAAUGGUCAUCAAGACAACGAGAACUACACAUUGAGGAGAACCGAGGAGGCUACACUUCAUUUGGCGUCACAGCUUUCGUGCUGGAAAUGAUCCCCUUCGCAAACCUUGUCUUCGCCUUCACAAACACCUGUGGUGCUGCCUUGUGGGCUGCUGAUUUCGAAAAGAAAGCCACGCCUUCGACACGAAUGCAAGAAGUGUCCAAGAAGGCCCAAUGAUCUGCCUCGAGGGUGUUGGCAUCCGGGGGCUUGGCCAGUUUCACGACGAGAAGAUGCAUUGUCACUAGGAGGACUGUUAGGACAAUGAUGCGGAGGCCAAGG